AUGUCCAAGAGAAGCACGACUUUAGAGCAGCUUGCUUUCCAAGCAGGCCAGAUCCCAUCUGACACCAACGGCGACGACCAAGAUCGGACAGAAUCGCAAAAACCAUCCAGCAAGAUGACGCGGACUUCCAUGGCCAACGUUGUGCUUCUGGCGUGUGUCUCCUGGAUCCUCAGUGCGAUUUCUGCGCCCAAGCUCGUGGCGUACGAAGAGAACGGCAACAAGUACGAAUGCAGAUGUUCUCCAGCUGACAGCUGCUGGCCCAAGGCCGAUGCUUGGAAUACGCUUAACAAUACUGUGGGAGGAAGCCUUCUACAGCACAUCCCGCCUGCUGCAGUUUGCUACAACCAAUAUCGUGGUAUCGCGACCUACGAUGCAGCAAAGUGCGCUGAAGCAACUGCAAAGUGGACCGACGAGAGCUGGCAGAUUUCUCAGCCUGCGUCGCAGUUGUGGACAUGGGGAAGCAACAACACCUGCGAACUGACCACAGAUCCCACAGAGACAUGUUCUCUCGGCAACUACCCCGAGUUUGUCAUCAUCGCAAAAACGAGAGAUCAGGUCAAGGCCGGCGUGGACUUUGCAAAGUCGAACAAUCUGCGACUAGUAAUCCGCAACACGGGCCACGACUUUGAGGGACGAAGUGCCGGUGCGGGAUCCUUGGCCAUCAACACGCACAACUUGAAGGAUAUCUCCUUUGUUGAUUCAUACAAGGGCCCCGGAGACUAUACGGGGCCUGCCAUCACGAUUGGUGCCGGAGUUCAAGGGUACGAAAUCUCCGCGGCUGCGCAUGCCAGAAACCCACCGCAGAAUGUUGUCACAGGCGAGUGCGAGACUGUGGGUGUCGCAGGUGGUUUCAUGGGAGGCGGUGGCCACGGGCCUUUGAGCGGCAACUAUGGCUUCGGCGCCGACCAGGCGCUUUCUUUUGACGUUCUCACCGCCGCCGGAGAAUUCAUCACGGCCAAUGCCAAUUCCAACUCCGAUCUGUACUAUGCACUCAGGGGUGGAGGUCCGGGGAAUUACGCGGUUGUCCUGUCCGUCACUCUCAAGACAUACCCCGACACGAAUCCCGGCGCAGCCCUCUUCUUGGAUGUCAAUGCCACAACGGGCGCCAACUUUGACCAAGUCACAAAGGCAGUCAACAAGCUCAACGAGUUAGGAAACCGAAUGGUCGACAACGGACUCUAUGGAAUCUACAUGCUGAUGCCGCCGGCGCUCGGAGGAGCACUGCACGUGCAGCCAAUCAUGGGAAUGAACAAGACUGCGAAGCAGCUGACUGCCGUGGUCCAGCCGCUCCUCACGUACCUCGACACCGAAGGAAUACCCUACGACUUUGGCGUCAAGGAGUACCCCAACUACUACACCCUCUUCCACGACAUCUUUGAGCCCGAGGCCGCGGCCCAGAACGGUCUGACGGGCGGCUGGGUCUUCACCCACGACGACAUGGCGAGCAACCAGCCGGCCAUCGCCGAGGCCAUUGAGCUCGCGCUGGCUCCGGCCCCGGACCAGUUCGGUAUCGUCAUCAGCCACUUCUUUGAUCCGGGAAGUCAUGCAAAGAACGCCGACAGCGCGACGCAUCCCAGGUGGAGAAGUGCCACAAUGCGGACCAUGGCUAUUUUGCCGCAGCCCCUGGACGCGACAUGGGCGACGAAGCUGUCGCUCAACGAUCUCAUGGUCAAUACCAUCACCGAGAAGUUUAAGCAGGCUGGUCCGAACGGGCUUGCGUAUGUGAAUGAGAACUAUGCCUUUAUGAAGAACUGGCAAGACGCCUUCUGGGGUCCCAUCUACCCUAGGCUGGCGUCAAUCAAGAAGAAGUGGGAUCCCAACGGCGUCUUCUUCUCUUGGUCUACGCCGGGGAGCGAGGAGUGGGGUGUUGUUGACUAUGGGAACCGGCUUUGCAAAGCGAAAUGA